AUUGAUGCUACAUUGAAGAUUGUUUGAUGGCAAACAGUAUAUAUACAUAUAUAUUUAUAGUAUCAUGGACCCCAUGGUAUCUGAGACUGUUAGGAUUAGAGGGAAAAUUCAUGCUUAAUGGUGACUUAGUAUCUAAAAAUAAACAACUGAGUCACCAGCCUAUCUGCUAAAUAUCAUGUACAUUGUCUGGAGUACAGCACACUUAUAUAAUAUAUUUACAGCUGUAUCUAUAAUCUUCUGUUGCUCUAAUGAUGAACAUAUUAUAUCCACCGGUAAUUUAAUUCAACAACUGUCAUGUAAAUACUGUUCUAUGCACCAAUUAUUGUUCAAAAUGGUGUAACUUUAAUUGAGAUUAUAACUGGCAAACCGCCCCUGUGGAAGUCUGCUUUUUUGUCAGCUGUUAACGCACUACACUUUACCACAGAAAAGGGGGCAAAGGGAAUUUGAGAGAAAAACUCUGCUUACUCCCUUACUACAAUGAACGAAGCGUGAAAAUUGUCAGUUGUGGCAGAGAAAGGGACAUCUCGAUUGGUGCGCCUCUGAAUCCCUUUGGUUGUCUUUGGCAACGUUUGGUGCCUGUAAACCAGCGCUGGAACGAGUUACAUUUUCUUACUUUUGGACAAAGUUUAGGUUUGGAAGCAAACAAAUGACCAAAGGAACUUUACUGUGAUCACCCUCUUAAAUGCAGUGAUGGUUCGUCCACAGGCUGUUCCGCGCGAUUUUAACAUAAUCACCGUGUCAGUUUCAUCUUUCUUAUGCAAAGUAGCUGUCUUUGAAGGCGGAUCUUUUGGCAGGUUAGUCCAGGACGGUGGCGAGUACUAGCUCAAACGAGCACUGCCACACCAACCAGUAGAAUUGACUUUGUCUCCGGAGAGGAAUUAGAAUACACAUUUAACUGAUGUGAUCAUGCACAUCUAGAUUUCCCCUUUUUUGCAGUUUUUUUUUAACUAUACGCACAAACCCCUAACGGACAGUAAGAAGAGGAGAGCAAUUAUUUGAGUUGGUAAAUAUUAAAGUUUUAGCCGAGUGAUUGAUUUUGAGCUGCCGAACAGCAACGGGAUAUUUCGGUAUAUGUGGUUGUCUUUACGCGCAUUGAAAGAAGUUGAAUGUGAUGAUCGCAAGACUUUAUAAUUUACUUAAAGGAGUCGACGUAGAAUUAAUCAUCUACGGGACAACAGCCAAACGUGUCUGCUUUUUUGGAUUAUUCGGGAGAAAACUGAAUAUAAUUUUCAAACCAUGGACUUUGUAGUGAGCGCACAUAACCUGGAACCAUUACAUUUUCGGAAUACUUACUAAAUGCCGGUCCUUUCACCAACUAUCCUAAGGUUUCACCGUUCAACUUUUUUCUUGGUCACAUUCAUGGACAUAAGCACAGCGUGUUACAGCAUCUUACUUUGCCAGGGGAAACGCAAUUUCUGCGUUGUCCUUUAAGGCGAGCAUUUUCUAUUUCCGACUGUUCGUUACCAGAGAGAUUAAAGAACAGAGAAUGAAUUCCUCUGCCAUGCGGAGCCUUAUCUAUCUGCUGCUCUGCCUUAGCCGCGGCUGCUCAGCCAUUAGCUCCAUCGACCCAGACCGGCCAGGCGAGGGGAGAUGCCAGCAUAUAGUCAUCCCCUUGUGUAAAGACAUUGGCUACAACAUGACCAGGAUGCCCAAUCUAAUGGGCCACGAGGACCAGAACGAGGCCGCCAUCAAGUUGCAUGAGUUUGCUCCGUUGAUAGAGUUUGGAUGUCACAGCCACCUGAAGUUCUUCCUGUGCUCGCUGUACGCUCCCAUGUGCACGGAGCAGGUGUCCACCCCCAUCCCGGCCUGCAGGGUAAUGUGUGAGCAGGCCAGGCUCAAGUGCUCCCCCAUCAUGGAGCAGUUUAACUUCCACUGGCCCGAAUCCCUCGAUUGCUCCAGGCUACCCACCAAAAACGACCCCAACAACCUCUGCAUGGAGGCCCCCAACAACGGCUCGGACGAUUCCCCGAGAGGGUCGCACACCCAGACCCCCGACUUCCGGCCCCAGAGGCCCCUCAGCGGCCAGGACCUCCACACGAAAGACAGCAGCAGCAAGGAAACAUGCAGAAACCCCGGAAAGUUCCACUACGUCCAGAAGAGCGAGUCGUGUGCCCCCAAGUGCUACCCCAAAGUGGACGUGUACUGGAGCCAGGGAGACAAGCAGUUCUCCCUGGUCUGGAUGGCCGUGUGGUCCAUCCUCUGCUUCAUCUCCAGCUCCUUCACCGUGCUCACUUUCCUCAUCGACCCCCAGCGCUUCAAAUACCCCGAGCGCCCCAUCAUCUUCCUCUCCAUGUCCUACUGCGUCUACUCGGUGGGCUACCUCAUCCGCCUGUUUGUGGGGGCCGACAGCAUCGCCUGCGACAGGGACAACGGCGUCCAGUACAUCAUCCAGGAGGGCCUGGAGUCCACCGGGUGCACCAUCGUCUUCCUCAUCCUCUACUACUUCGGCAUGGCCUCGUCCAUCUGGUGGGUGGUCCUCACCCUCACCUGGUUCCUUGCAGCCGGGAAGAAGUGGGGCCACGAGGCCAUCGAGGCCAACAGCAGCUACUUCCACCUGGCAGCCUGGGCCAUACCGGCGGUGAAGACCAUCAUGAUCCUGGUGAUGAGGAAGGUGGCGGGGGACGAGCUGACGGGGGUGUGCUACGUGGGCAGCAUGGAUGUGAAGGCCCUGACAGGGUUCGUCCUCAUCCCCCUCUCCUGCUACCUCGUGGCGGGAACUUCCUUCCUGCUGUCGGGCUUUGUGGCUCUCUUCCACAUCCGCAAGAUCAUGAAGACGGAGGGCGAGAACACGGACAAGCUGGAGAAGCUGAUGGUGCGCAUCGGGGUCUUCUCCGUCCUGUACACCGUGCCCGCCACCUGCGUCAUCGCCUGUUACUUCUACGAGCGCCUCAACAUGGACUACUGGAGGGUCCUGGCCGGCGAGCAGAGGUGCGUGGAUGGCGGCGGCGGCGGGUCCGAGUCGGAGGAGUGCGUCAUGAAGGGUUCCAUCCCGGCUGUUGAGAUCUUCAUGGUGAAGAUCUUCAUGCUGCUGGUGGUGGGCAUCACCAGCGGCAUGUGGAUCUGGACCUCCAAGACGCUGCAGUCGUGGCAGAACGUGUUCAGCCGGAAACUGAGGAAGAACACGAGGAGGAAGGCAGCCAGCGUGUUCGCCAGCAGCGGUCCUUACCUCAAGCCUCACCCGGCCCUCAAAGGACACAACAGCAAAUACGAGCCCACCAGGCCCUGCGUGUGAAGCGUCUCUCUCUCGGUGUGUGCAAAGCCAAAACCCUUCGAAAAAAGCCCUUAACCUAAAACCACAGACUUCAAACUCAAGAGUGAGUAGGCGGCGUUCGUAGUUUAAUUUAUGCAAAACUUCGUUGAAGAUCAUGCAAUGUGACGAGUGUUAUUUGUUCGUACCUGGGAUCUCUCUCAAGCUACGAGGACGGCCUUUGUUUGGAAAAACGACUACUCCCAGAGACAUCCUGUUGCAGAACUUUAAUAGAAAAAAUAACUUUUUGUUUUCCAAGACUAAGAAAGUGGAAUAAACCAUUUGGAUUGUGUCAUUGGAUUGCUUGAAUAAUGUGCAAUAGAUGUUUUCUUUAGAGGCAAACAAAGACACUUGUACUGUAGCAACAGAUUACAGACAAUGAAAGGACUUCCCGGGACAAUGGGAGCGGAUUGUCUGAGAGAGAUGGAGGCCUAGAGUGGCUGUUUUAAUGGAAAUCAAGGCGGUGUCAUAGAUGUUUGAACUGAAGUGAGAGAGAGCAGCUGUGGAGAGAGACCCAGGACCUUACGGACUGUCUAUUGUGAAGCUAAUCCAUGCCAUAAAUAAAUCAAUAAGCACUAGACAUCGCAAAAGUUAUUUGUACAGGUGGUUGAGUUUUUAGUUUUGUUUUUGUAUAUAUUUCUUAAAUGUCAUAUUUUAUAGAAAAUUAAUAAAACAUUCUAGUUUUGUGGUGGAAACUGGAAUUGUACAUUA